AUGGAACAAAUGUCAAAUAUAACUUUGAUGAAGGAAACCAUAACCACUGUGGAAAAAGAAAUAAAAUCACUAGCAGGAAAGGUAAUGGAUACUGACAGUGAACUUGGCAGACAGAAAGCAGAGAAUAAUUCUUUGAGACUUUUAUAUGAAAAUACAAAAAAAGAUCUUUCUGAUACUCGGCGACACCUUGCUAAGAAAGAAUAUGAGCUCCAGCUUACUCAGGAGAAAAUUGUGUGCUUGCAUGAAAAAUCUGAUAACUCUACAAGGCAAAGUAGUGCCCAGCCAGAAGAAAUCAGCAUUUUUAAUGAAUCCCUCAACCAUCUGGCUAAGGCAGGUGAACUCCUGCAGGAAUGCCUUGAUGAAAUGUCUGCGUUUACUGCAUCCCUCGGAGAGAGUCUGGCGAUGAAGGUGAGUUCUGAGAACUGUGGUCUAAAAAAGCUGGUUACACUAGAGUCUGAAUAA